AUGAAUGACGCGCUGAAAGAAGAUGGGGGCACACAGAUCCCAUCUUUCGUUACCAACAUACCAAAUGGACUCGAAACAGGAGUAUUUCUCGCCGUCGAUCUUGGAGGCACCAAUUGUCGAAUAUCUGCUUUUGAGCUACAUGGCAAUGCGACGUACUCCAUGAAGCAAGCAAAACACGCAGUUCCGCAAGAAUUUAUGGUGAAUCGCAGGCAUGAACCUUUAUUCGACUUCAUUGCGGAAAAGCUUGCGUCUUUUCUCACGGCGAACCCGGAAAUGGCUGCUAGCAACACUCCCGAAUUGGGUACUCCGAAGGCUGCCAGUUUUCGCAAACUGGGGUUCACCUUCAGCUUCACAUAUGAUAGCCAUUCCGUCAGCCAUGGCACCAUGCUCCAGUGGGACAAAGGCUGGGACAUUCCGGAUGCGAUUGGAAGAGAUCCCUGCCGCAUGCUGCAGAACGCUAUCGACCGGCAGAAACUACGUGUCCGCGUAACUGCACUCACAAAUGAUAGUGUCGGUACAAAUGCUGCUUAUGUCGAAGACCGGGCGAGGAUCGAGAAACUGCCGCCACUGAAAGAAUCUUACCGAAGUGAAGACUCUGUCAUGGUCAUUAAUACUGAAUGGGGAGCUUGGUUUGACACAACGCCGUCUGCCUUGCCUGGUUGUAUUUACGAUCACAUUCUCGAUCGAGAGAGUCCUACACCGGGACAGCAGCUUUUCGAAAAGCGAACCUCUGGACUAUAUCUUGGCGAACUUGCGCGGUUGGUAAUUGUCGACUUGAUCGCUUCGAAAGUACUACAAAUGACGCUUAAGCUUGGGUCACCUCUUGAAACGGCGUACCAUGUCAGCGCCUCUUUUCUAUCCUUGCUCGCCACAAGUUUUGACGAGCCAAAAGCUAGAGACUGGCAAACGACCAAACCCAAGUGCGUCCUCAAAAUGGAGACGGUGGCGUAA